GCAAGAUGUCUUGCUUAUGUUGGCAGAUGUUUUUCUAGUCAAAAACAUCAAGGUCUAGUCCUGCCACUCAGUUCAAACGGCGUCGGUAGCACCAGCCCGAUGGUCCAUGAACAGCGCCAGGGACCCUUGCUUGCAUAUACCUAAUCUUCCCCCUCCACCUCGACUUGACAAGGCUGUAGCCAGCGCUACGGAAGAAGAGCCAUUCACCCACCACUACGCCGAAACCCCCAAAAAAACAAAAAACAAAAAACAAAACAACAACAAAAACAUGGCCGCCACCAACACGGCCUCGCCGCCCAGGGUGAGGCUCCGCCAGGGCACGUACGAGGGCGCGACGCGGGCCCCGAGCGCGCUGUACCCCAAGGCGCUGGCCGCGUUCCUGGGCGUGCCCUACGCGCAGACCACGGCCGGCGUCAACCGCUUCCGCCCGCCGCGGCCGCUGCCCCUAGCCUGGUCCUGGACUGCGGGCAGCGGCGACGAGCCCGUCCCCGCCGUGGCUUACGGCGAGGCCUGCCCGGGCAUCCUGGCGCCGCCGCCGGGCGUGACGGCUGGCGAGGACUGCCUCAACGCAAACGUCUUUGUGCCCGCGGCGCGCCUGCCCGCGGCCAUGGACGGCGGCAGCGGCAGUGGCGGUGGCGCGAGGGCCCCGCCGCCGCCGCUGCUCCCGGUGGUGGUGUACGUGCACGGCGGCGGGUUCAACAUGGGGCUGGGCGCCGAACGCGACAUGGCCAGCUUCGUGGCGUGGGCGGCCGACGACGUGGUGGGCGUGAGCUUCAACUACCGCGUCGGCCCGCUCGGCUUCCUGGCCCCGCCCGCCGCCGGGGUGGUGGCCGCUGACGAGGACGGGGACGGGGCGCUCAAUGUCGGCCUGCGCGACCAGCAGAUGCUGUUCGGCUGGGUGGCCGACAACAUCGCCGCCUUUGGGGGUGACCCGGCCAACGUGACUGUCAUGGGCAUGAGCGCGGGCGCGCACUCGAUCGGCCACCACCUGAUAUACUACGGCGCCCCGGACAAACAACCCGCGCCCUUUGGCAAGGCCAUCCUCGAGUCGGGCGCCGCCACGGCCCGGUCCGUGCUGCACCCGACGCACCUGCGCAACGCGUCCCAGUACCGCGAGUUCCUCGCCGCCGCCGGCGUGGACGGCGACGGCGACGGCAACGACUACAAGACCGUCCUGUCCCGCCUGCGCGCCCUGCCCCUCUCCAAAAAUCCUGGCCGCGGGCCGCGCCGUCUGGGACGCCUACGUGCCCUCGGUGUGCUGGCCCUUCCAGCCCGUCGUCGACGGCGACGCCAUCCCGGACCUGCCGGCGCGCAGCUGGCGCGCGGGGCGGGUCCUCGACGUCCCCCUCGUCACGGGCUUCAACGCCAACGAGGGCACCGCCUUUGUCCCCCCGCGCGGCGCCGACUCGGACGCCGACUUCCGCGCCUUCUUCGCGCGCCUGCUGCCCGCGGCCUCGCGCGCCGACCUGGACCGCCUGGCCGCGUCGUCGCUGUACCCGGACCCGGUCUCGGCCCCACCACCGUCCUCGUCGUCGUCGCCCGCCGCCGCCGCCUACCUGGGGUCGUCUCCCGUGCUGCCCGCGGGCAUCACGUCCCGCCAGUGGCGCCGCCUCGACGCCGCCUACGCCGAUUACGCAUACACGUGCCCCGUGCUGCAGACGGCGCACUACAUGUCGCAGCUACAUCGGCCGAGGAGGAGCGACGGCGGCCGCCCCAGCCGCCGCCCCAGCCGCUCGCGCGUCUACGUCUACCGCUUCGCCCCGCUCUCGCCGCCCUGGGCCACGGCCAACCACGCCGAGAACGCGCCGUUUGCGUCCCACGACCUGGCCCAGCUGCUGCUGCCGCCGGGGCUCGCCGCCAAGCUCAAGGGUGGUGGUGGUGGUAGUAGCAGCGGCGAUAGGUUGGAAGAGGAGCAGGCGCUCAGGGCCGCCGAGGCCCGCCUCCCCGGAGUCGUGGCCACGUCGGCCGCCAUGCACGCCGCCUACGUCCGCUUCGCCGUCUCGGCCGACGGCGACCCUAACCACGACGGCGGCACCGCUAGCACAUCCAACUCCUCCAACUCCUCCUCCUCCUGCUCCUCCACGGCUGCAAAGGUGGCGGCCGCCGGCUCCCUGCCCCGCUGGCCCGCCUUCGAGUCGCCGUUCCGCGGCGGCACCGCGGCGGCCCCGGCGCUGGCCCGCGACGGCGGCGGAGAGCGCGGUAGGCUCGUCGUCUUUGGAGACGGCAACGAGGAGCGGCUGGGCGGCAAGGGCAGCAGCGGCACCGUGGCCCGGGUCGCCGCGCUGUCGGAGCGCGAGCUCGAGCUGUGCCGCUUCUGGUGGGAGCGCGUCGAGCUGAGCCAGGGCGCCGGCACGAGGUUGGUGGGAGGGAGUCCGGUAAAGGCGAAUCUGUAGGCAUCCCCGUCAUGGAAUGGAGACGCGGAACCCCCCAUCCCCCCACCGCGUAUACAUGUCAGUUCCUUCCAAUAAGCCCAGGAAUGUAGUCCUUGUAUAAUAUUUCAUCAGUCAGCUCCGAGGCGGCGUCAUCCCUAUUCACAGCAUUCUUAAAGCCAUCCAACUUGGAAUGCUCGCCAGCUCAAUCACAGGCACGGAUAAUGUGAACCGGGGGCCAAUACAACCCUAUCUCAUCGCGCAGUCGAAAAGGUAUACGACAUAGGAACCGCUUGUCAGCUAUGUAGUUUAAUAUUCGUGUAUAUAGAACCGGGCCCCCGCCCGCUCGCGUUGAAUCCUACGCACCGCAUGUGACGCUCAAAUGUCACAUGCGGCAAACUGUUCAAUACACAUGAAUCUCCCUCCCA